UCCGCACUUCCGGCUCGCGCCGGGCCUGCUUCCGGUGUCCGCCCUCCGGCCCCUCCCGCCGCCGCUGCCGCGAUGCUGCUGCUGUGGCGGUCGCGCUGUCUGGGCCGGGCGCUGGGUCGCUCGCUGCGCGCCCUCCGGCAGGGAAACUGUACUCUGGCAAGAUGUUCUCUGUCUGGUGUGGCCGGCAGCCAGAGACUGGCUUACACCAACAGCAGGAAGCUUGUAGUAAAUAGCUCCAGUGUCUUCACUGUCCGUUACUUCAGAACCACUGCAGUAUGUAGGGAUGACGUGGUUACGGUGAACACACCGGCCUUUGCAGAGUCAGUCACAGAAGGAGAUGUCAGGUGGGAGAAAGCUGUUGGAGACACAGUGGCGGAAGAUGAAGUGGUGUGUGAGAUUGAAACAGACAAGACAUCAGUGCAAGUUCCAGCCCCAGCAGCUGGUGUGAUCGAAGCCCUUCUGGUACCUGAUGGUGGCAAAGUGGAAGGGGGGACACCUCUGUUCAAACUCAGGAAAACUGGAGCUGCUCCUGCCAAGGCCAAACCAGCAGCAGCCCCUCCUCCUCCUGCAGCCCCUGAACCUGUAGCUGCGGCUGCUCCUCCCCCUGCUGCAGCACCAGUUCCCACGACAAUGCCACCAGUGCCACCUGUGUCAGCUCAGCCCAUUGACAGCAAGCCAGUGUCUGCGGUGAAGCCGGCUGCAGCCCCAGCGGCAGCCCCUCCUGGGGAGGCAGUGCCCAGCAAAGGUGCCAGAUCAGAGCGUAGGGUGAAAAUGAAUAGGAUGCGUCAGCGUAUUGCUCAGCGGCUGAAAGAGGCUCAGAAUACUUGUGCCAUGCUGACCACUUUCAAUGAGAUCGAUAUGAGCAACAUCCGGGAGAUGAGAGCCAUACACAAGGAUCCCUUCCUGAAAAAGCACAACCUGAAACUAGGCUUCAUGUCAGCUUUUGUGAAAGCUGCAGCUUUUGCUUUGCAGGACCAGCCUGUUGUGAAUGCAGUGAUUGAUGAUACGACCAAAGAGAUUGUGUACAGGGACUAUGUGGACAUCAGUGUUGCUGUAGCAACUCCCCGGGGUCUUGUGGUCCCUGUUGUUAGGAACGUAGAAAACAUGAACUUUGCUGACAUAGAGCGUGCUAUCUACGAGUUGGGGGAGAAGGCACGGAAAAAUGAACUGGCCAUUGAAGACAUGGAUGGUGGCACAUUCACAAUCAGCAACGGAGGGGUUUUUGGGUCACUCUUUGGGACACCUAUCAUUAACCCACCCCAGUCUGCCAUCUUAGGCAUGCAUGCCAUCUUCGACAGGCCUGUGGCUGUUGGAGGCAAGAUCGAGGUGCGGCCCAUGAUGUACGUGGCACUGACGUAUGAUCACCGGCUGAUUGACGGCAGAGAGGCAGUGACUUUCCUGCGCAAGAUCAAGGCAGCGGUGGAGGAUCCCCGCGUGCUGCUGCUUGACCUGUAGAGCAGCCACACCCCCACACAACCCACCCAGGGCAGGGCCGCGGCACCAGCAGGGGCGAUGCAGGGCAUUCAGGAACUGGCAGAGGUCAUUCCAGCCUCUCUCCCUCCACCGUGAUCAGAGCUGUCCCGGAGGGAAUUGUGGGGAUAGCUCCUAUCUCCUUUCCUGUUCUGUUUAAUGAAGGUUCACCUUCUCAUGAG